AUGUUAUCUUUGAAAAAGUCCUUUUAUUUUCAAGCUGGCAUUGGAAUCUCAGCCAACAUAUUUCUUCUUCUCUGGCACAUUUUUACAUUCUUUAAGGAUCACAAGCCUAAAAACCAUGACCUGAUCAUCUGUCAUUUGGCCUUUGUUCACAUACUGAUGCUAGUCAUUGCAGCAGAGUUAAUGUCUCAAGAUGUGUUUGAGUUACAGGAUUUUCAGAAUAACUUCAGAUGUAAGGCUGUGUUCUACAUAUACAAGGCAAUGAGGGGCCUCUCGAUCUGCACCACCUCUCUCCUGAGCAUGCUUCAGGCCAUCACCAUUAGCCCCAGCACCUCCUGGUUGGUGAGAUUUAAACAAAAAAUCACAAAAUACAAUACUGGCUUUAUUUUUUUUUGGUCCCUCAAUUUGUCUUUCAACAGUGACAUGAUAAUCUACAUUGUAGGUUUUUCCAGUGUGACCCAGCUAAUUCUGAAUGUCAGUAAAUACUGCUCACUUUCCCCAAUAAAUGUCAUCAUCAGAAGGCUGUUUGUUACUCUCUCGUUAUCCAGAGAUGUCUUCCUUGUAGGAAUCAUGCUGCUCUCAAGUGCAUACAUGGUGAUUCUCUUGUCCAGGCAUCAGAGGGUCUCCCAGCACCUUCACAGCACUAGCUUUUUAUUAAGAACCUCCCCAGAGGAAAGGGCCACCAAGACCAUCUUGCUGCUGGUGAGUUUCUUUCUGGUUAUGUACUCAUUGGACUUAAUUGUCUCAUCCUCCACAAUGUUGUUAUGGGUAUUCAGCCCUGUCAUCUACAGUGUCCACAAGUUUAUGGUCAAUGCCUAUCCCACUGUCAGUCCUAUGGUGCUAAUCAGAUCUGAUAAAAGAAUCAUCAGUAUUCUGCCAAAGGUUCGUUGGAAGUGCCAUCCAUUUUUAACAAGUUAG